AAGUGUGUGUUUCUGUGAGUUUAUAAAUAUGGUCCUGAGGUUGGUAGAGGGUCUAUUGGAAUAUUUCUGGGCUGGAAAUCCAUCCUCAGCCACUCACUAGCAGUAUGCUGUGGAUAAGUCAGCACACCUGCGGCAUCUCCCUAAGGUCCUUUCCUGUGGUAAGACUCAGGAUUCUGGAACCUGAGUUCUUUGCCCUAUUUGCUCUGGGGACUUAAAAGAAAUCCUGAAGGAGGAAGAAAGGGGUAAGAAGGGGGUGAGUUAAAACAUUUCUUAGACACAUUGACCGUGGUUUAUGUCAAGAAUAGUUUGGGUUUGUUUUAUAACACAGGGAGUACUUCAAGUACCAUUGUUCCAUCUUGGUUUUUGCACCUAAAAUAAAUAUAUAGACAAACUGUGGAUGAUUUUCUAUGGAUUAAAUAGCCUUGUAAAUGUGAUUUCUUUUUAAAUGGCUAUAUUCCAUGGUGCUGGAUAACCAAACAGAAAUAAUCCCCCAUGUUGGGCAAAAGAUUAUUUAUAGUUACAGUGAUUUACUAUUUUAGCCAUUCACUGGACAUUUUUGCUCUCUGGGACAUAGCUGAUUAUUUCCUUCAGGUAAACUCAUAGAAGCAUAAUUACUUAGCCAAAGAGUCUGAAUAUUUUAAAGGCCUUUUGAUUAAAUGAUGAUGGAAGGAGACUUGACUUUGGGUGGUGAACACGGUACAUUGUGAAUUAUAUACCUGAAACUAUAUAAUUUUAUUAACCAAUGUCACCCCAAUAAAUUCAAUAGUAAAUAAAUGAAAUGAAAAUUGCCUUCCAGAAAGAUUGUGUCAGUUCACAUUGACAGUUGCUAGCAGAUUUUAAAGAACUAUGAUACUUUGAAGAAAAAAAUAGCUUUUUUCAGUGGAAGAAGGUAGUAGAGGUUAUAGGACAACAAUUAGUGUAUAGUUAUAAAGAAAGCCAUAGAUAGACUGUGGGGAAUUGAAGCAAGACCUGGGAAAUGUACAAGUGUGUUGUAGGGUCACUGAAGGGAAGGCCACUGAUCAACUCUCUUGAUCUAUUAAUGAGGUAAUUUCAGAAAAAUGAGGAUACUUGGUAGCUUUACACUCAUGGCCUACUGUCAUUUGUUGAAAGCAUUUACUAUCACAGUUACCCAGGACCUAUAUGUGGUAGAGUAUGGCAGUAAUGUGACAAUGGAAUGCAAAUUCCCAGUAACAACACCGUUAAACCUGCAUGUAUUAGUUGUCUAUUGGGAAAUGGGAGAAAAGAAAGUUAUUCAAUUUGUAAAUGGGAAGGAAGACCUGAAAGUUCAACACAGUAGCUACAGCCAAAGGGCCCAUCUGCUGAAAGACCAGCUCAUUUUGGGAAAGGCUGCACUUCAGAUCACUGAUGUGAAACUGCAGGAUGCCGGGGUUUACCACUGCUUGAUCAGCUAUGGUGGCGCCGACUACAAGCGGAUUACUUUGAAAGUCAAUGCCCCAUACCGCAAAAUCAACCAAAGAAUUUCUGUGGAUCUGGACACCUCUGAACACGAACUAACUUGUCAGGCUGAGGGUUACCCUGAGGCUAAAGUCACCUGGACAAGCAGUGACCACCGAGUCCUGAAUGGCAAAACCACCAUCACCAGUUCCGAGAGGGAUGAGAAACUUCUCAAUGUGACCAGCACACUUAGGGUCAACACAACAGCUAAUGAGAUUUUCUACUGCACUUUUCGGAGAUCAGGUUUUGAGGAAAACAGUACAUCUGAGUUGGUUAUCCCAGAACCACCUACAAUUCCAAGAAAUAAGAGGACUCACUGGGCAAUUCUGGGAGCCAUCCUGUUGUUAUUUGUAGCCCUGGCAGUGGUCUUCUGUCUACAGAGAGAUGUGAAAAUGAUGGAUGUGGAAAAAUGUGUCACUCGAGACAUGAACUCAAAGAAACAAAAUGCUGCACAGUUUGAGGAGACGUAAUCCAACAUUGAAACUUCUGGUCUUAAAGCAGGGAUUCUCAGCCUGUGGUUUGCGUUUGUCAGGGCUGAGCAUGACCAGAGGUGUGCAAUAGGCCGGCAGGCUGCAGGCGAUGUAGG